CUGGGACCAAGCAACUCGCGAAACAAGAAGUACAUACAGGGCGAUAGAGUCGGCGGGGGCUCGUACGGCACCGUCUGGUGGGUGUUGGACGUAACCAACGGCAGAGUCAUGGCUGUGAAGAAGUUCCACAAUCUCUCGGGGAAGAACCUCGACUUUGCGACGCGAGAGGUGGCCAAUCUGUUUCGCAUCAACAAGGACAACUCGAUCAAGCAUGAGCACAUUCUCGAAAUCUUUGACUACGCCAGCGAGAAAGACAGCUGGGGCGAAAUCUUUAUGCCGCUAAUGGAAGGGAACCUAAAGACCCUGAUUGAGAAGGAGGACGGGGCUGGGUCCGAGGCCCUGUCUGAGAUUGUCCUCCGGCAGAUGCUGCUCGCCCUGCAAUGCAUCGCCUCGCACAACAUUGUCCACCGCGACGUCAAGCCGGAAAAUGUCCUCUGGGAAUACGACGAGACGGGCAACUACCGCUUCUGCCUCGGCGAUUUUGGUCUCUCAAACGACCCCGGGCUGGCCAGAACGGCGGCGGGGACAGAGCCCUUCAUGGCGCCAGAGGUGUUUAACCGGCAAAAACAGACCACCAAGGUGGACAUUUGGUCUCUGUUUGCCACCAUCGUUUGGGCUCGAAGCGAUGACUUCCGGAAAUCCUGUUCGCACUACCGCGCCCCUGAACUGCACAGAUGGCUGGUCGAGAUCUCCAAGCUGGACGAGUAUGCGACAAUCCGGAAAAUGGCUAGCAUGGACCCCAAUAAGCGGCCAUCGGCGACAAAGCAGCUGGCCAUUCUCGAUGGCAGCUAUGUUGAAGACUAUGACAGUGUCGGAGGGUACGGCAGUGGCAGCGAGGAAGACCUGGGUGCCGAGCUCAGCGACCGGUUUGCCCGGGGCAUGAGGCUGGGGGAGACUCCGAACCUAAGCUACGGAUCGGGCGGCAGCUCGGAGCAGGUUACGUCUCCCGAGCUUCCGUAUUAUGAACCGUACGCGAGUGGGCUCAUACAGAGCUAUCUGGAGGAAUUGGGUCCCGCUGGGCAGGGCAAGAGAUACGUUCCUCCGUCCCCGGACCCUGCGGAUGCCCCGCGGGAUCAUGCAUGGGUCCUGCCGUAUGAGAAUCCCUACGCCCCAGCCGAGAGCCAGGGUAGUGGGAGCGGAACAGCGGUGCCGGAGAACUGGACUGCUCGGGCGCUGCCUCUGCCGUUCAUGGAACAGGAAGCGGCGAUGCAUCAUGAUGCGCUGGUACCAUCAGCACCAUCAAGCAGGAAACAUAAGGGAAAGCAUAGGCGCUAG